UUAAGGGUCAAAUUUGUCAGGGUUGUGAUUCUCCUUUGGAAGCAUGGAAAUAGUAACAGCCGAUGAUCGGAUCCCCAUGUGUCUAUGUCCGAGAAGGAAACGGGAAGUGAUCGGAAAUUCCGUGGGACACGGCUCUCUUCGUGUGCUAGAUGGUCAGACUCUAGCAACGCACUGAGUUGACUAACUGUUGUUUGGGUGGUUCUCUUAGAACACAAAAAGACACAAUCAGGCAAAUGAACACACAGACACCCAUUUUCAGAUUUUCUAUGCUUUCACACCUGGGAUUGAAGGAGAGAGAAGGCUUAAGGGUCAAAUUUGUCAGGGUUGUGAUUCUCGUUUGGAAGCAUGGAAAUAGUAACAGCCGAUGAUCGGAUCCCCAUGUGUCUAUGUCCGAGAAGGAAACAGGAAGUGAUCGGCAAUUCCAUCGGAAACGGCUCUCUUCGUGUGCUAGAUGUUUCUGUUUGCUUUACCCUUUUGAGGAUUGGUCUUGUUGUAGAUUCUGUUCUUAUGGACAUUUCAAAACCUAAUCCGGGAGAGAAAGAGGAAAAGGGGGGGGGGAGGGGGGAGAGAGAGGCGAAAUAUGGUCAAGAACCUGGAAAGCUGAGACUAAUAAUCAACGGAACAAGUGUUUCUGAUGUGGCCAUUAAAUUUGAUUGCACGGAGAGAUUUCCUUCUGAAGGGAUUUUGUUGCAGGAUAUCAAUAUAGUGAGAGAAGCAAGUGGAGCAGCCAAAGCUAUGUGCAGCUGCAGCCAUGUCAAUGUAAAAGAAACUGGAGCUGUUUCGCCACAUUGCUCUUGA